UCACAAACAAUAAAGAUGUGUAUCUGGGAAGCUUCUUGUUCUAUCCAAGAAUUGGUGAAAUGGCUUCUUCAUCUUCUUCGCCUCCAAUAAAACCCCUCACUUUAAUUCUCUGUAUUUCCUUAAUAAUCAGUUCCUUUUCUUUUUCUUCUUCUUCUUCUUCUUCUUCUUCUUCUACAGAUUCAGAAAAAGUAACGUUAGCUUUAUACUAUGAAUCGCUUUGUCCCUACAGUGCUAAUUUCAUUAUAAAUUACUUACCAAAGCUAUUAGAAAACGAUGAGCUCUUCUCUAUUGUCGAUCUCUACCUUUCCCCUUGGGGUAAUGCCAAGCUCAAAUCAAACGACACCUUCGUUUGCCAGCAUGGUCCAUCUGAAUGUUUAUUGAAUACAAUUGAAGCUUGUGCAAUUCAUGUUUGGCCUCAGUUGGAGGAGCAUUUUCCUUUCAUCAAUUGUGUAGAGUCUCUGGUAUAUGAGCGCAGAUACCCCGAAUGGGAGUCAUGCUUUGAGAAAUUGGCUUUGGAUGCCAAACCUAUUGCUGAUUGCUACACUAGCGGGCUUGGCAAAGAGCUUGAACUACAAUAUGCAGCUGAAACAAAUGCCCUACAGCCUCCUCAUGAAUAUGUGCCUUGGGUAGUGGUGGAUGGACAACCACUUUACGAGGACUAUGAAAAUUUUAUAAGUUACAUCUGCAAGGCCUACAAGGGCUCUGCCGCCCCCACAGCUUGCAGUGCAGUAUCUCGAUACACCAGUCUAGGGGAUAAAGCAAAGUCAAUUGUUCCAGUAUCGUACAAGGAGAGAAAGAUAUCAACAUUAUCAGGACGAAUUAUAUCAGCAUUAUCAUUGUGGAUGCAGCAGAUGAAUGGGGUAGCUGAUAUUGUAUAAUUGCAUUUGCUUUUCCUUUUUCUUUUCUUUUUUUUUCCUUUGUGUCAAAUGCAUAGUGUGCAGCUAAGCUCAAAUCUACUACAGUAACUGAACGCCUUUUUUUUUUUCUUAUCGCGAUUGAACCAAAAGAAUUGCUGUUUUGUACUUUGGUAGCAUCUCCAUUGUGGCUGCAGGAUAUCAUUUGCUAUCAAAGUGAAGUCAUGAUAAUAGAAGUGAUUAUUGAA